AGCUCCCUACCCAACAUCAUCUUCUACCUCUGAAUCUGUGAAUACAUUCGUAUCAGCAUCAUCACAUCUCUGUGAGGGCGAGGGUCAUGCUGCGGGUGGUUGGCAAUGGCACACGCUCAGGUCGUGUGCGGUUGUCGGGAAAGGCGGUAUUCAAAGCAGCCUUGUCCCCUCUUCCUCUUCCACCUCAAUUUCUUGCACCCUGCCUCGACGACUGCGCCUCCAUCGCUGCCUUCAGUCGCUCUGCACUGAAAGCUAAUCACGACCCUGGCACGUCAAGUCGUACUCAAUGGCAAUCUUCAGAGUCUGCCUUCGAGGAGCCCACCCUUGAGUAUGCCUCCAACUCCAGGGACAUCGAUGAGAUGCCACACUCUGACCCAAGACGUAGCUCCAAGGCAGCGGCCAGCGCCGAGCGCUCGCAGCCGACUUUCUCUCAGGCACAGCUUGAUCUCUAUCAUAUAAUUAGAGGAAGGGUAGGCAACGCCAGCUCGACCAGCCCCAGGAGCGGGGCGGAGGGAUCAGCUCAAGGUGCCCGUUCAAAUUCGUCUGCAGCCACACGGCCUUUGCAGACUUUCCGUUGGGUCGUCUGGUUGGUUGAACAUUCCGUACAGCCUGUAGCACCACAAAGAAGAAAGCUAGGUCCUCCGAAACCACAGCAGAGGGACAGCAAGGGCAAGGGCGUGCAGAGGGACAUCAACAACUCUUCAUCUUCGGCUGCUUCGGCCUCAUACCAGCACUCCGCUCCUGCUUGGGGACUCUUGAUGAAAUAUGCAGCUCGUCGCAGCGAUGCAGAGGCUUUCAAAGUCAUCGUCGAAAGCUUUGCCAAGUGGUGGGGAGAGCAAAGGCUGCAGCAGAUGCUGGCGCAGACGGCCGAGACCUCUCAAUAUGAUGGACAGCUCGCUGCCAAGCCAGUCGAGGUGCAGCACCGUGCGCCUUUGCCAGAGAAGUGGCAGACACAGACACCGCGGCAGGUGCAGAAUCUGGCACUUGCUCUCCUGACCAGGCUCAGGAAUCACCAGGUCAUACCUGAUCCGGAUGCUGAUCACCUAGCCCGAGCCCUCGGUGCUGCCCCUCGCUCGACUGAUCAGAGUAGCGACAGUCCCUACGUCAUCCUGGCAAAUCUUCGCAGACGACAAGCGAUACCGUCUUUGCGGCAGAAGCAAGUCAUAUCAAAGGACGCCUCUGCUUCCCUGGGGCCUGCCCAGAAUCUUUACAUUGCCAAGAAAAUAGCCUACCUCUCCUCUGUGAAUGCCUCAAGCGAGGUCAGACAGCAGCUUCGAGACUUCAUGGCUCUGAUAGAGGAACACCAGCACGGCGGGCAGAUCGAUGUUGAAGGACUCAAGCGAGUUCUGCUGGAAAGAGGUCUGACGACCAGUGAAACUACUGUAGACAGGUCAGGAGCAACUCUAGGGAGACGCAGGAUGAGCGCUAUGGCCAGACGAGAAGCUCGACGGUUGCAGGAAGUGGAAGAGCAACGCAAGGCCAAUGCCGAACCUCUUGAGCCUGCACCCGUGGCAGGUUUCCUUGGCUCCCUCGACGAUCCCUCUUCAUUGGCAUCUCUCCUCGUUCAACGGGAGCAACUGCUACAGCAGACCAUCGCCCGCUGGUCUUCUUCUUCUUCUUCCGACUUCUGGUCCUCCUCCGCACACACGCAUACCUCCUCAUCCAACUCGUCCACUCCCUCUGCAGGGCCCCCGCCGAGCUGGCUCACACUAGCAGCUCUACGUUCUCUGGCCGAGAGGGGCGAUUCUGUCAAGCUCAAGCAGCUGGUCAAGCUCUACCUCUCCGCCUGGUCAUCCGAACAUUCGGCCCUCUUCGAAGGAGGUGGCAGAAGCUACUUUUUGCCUCGGUAUGGCUCAACAAGCAGGACGCGGCGGGUGAGGGCAGUCAGUGAGCCAGAUACGGAGCCUGAGGGCGCUAGCUUCCUGAAUUUGCUCGUCAGAAGCCAUCUCGUAGGCGCCGUGGAUGCCGAAAGCGCUCGUAGGGCGUACGAGAAUGCCCACGCCGACUUGACUGAGCUCUGUGGAGAGGGCGACGCCGCUCGUCUUCUCUUGGACGGCCAGACCAGGUGUAAAGAAACUCUGCCCACAUUCGUCGGUCGAUCGCCCUCGCUCUGGUCAACAUAUGCUCGACCGGAGCUUCCUCUACUUGUACCAAACGAGACGACGGUACUUCUCUUUUUGAGGCUACUGCGACUGGCCAGAGCACCUCUACAAGAAGGUUUCGACUUAGUCGCGGACUUUGAGAGGAAAUGGAGCCCGGCGUGCGCAAUGGACAGGCUAGCUCAUCAGAGAGUCUCCCCGACUCGAUCCGAGGCGAGGCGCAGUCAGAUCCCGUCCUCACAAGCUCCACAGCAGCCUGCCCCCUCUCUAUCAGCGGACCUCUACCCGACCUCCAACGCCCCCUCAACAACAAGAGAGCAGCUCCCCUUGCUCCUCUUCACCUUGCGCACAUCCCGCAUCCUGCUUCGCUGGGCAACGGAUCGCGGAUCCUCUACGUUCGCGGCCAGGGCUGUUGACCUUGCGAACGAGUGGCGGUGGAUCGCUCGUGAGGUUCGCGAAGUGCAGGAGACGGGAAGGAGGGGAAGGAGAUGGGAGAGGAAACAGCGCAGGAGGGAGGAGCAGGGUGAGACUACGAGUCUUACUAGAGAAAAGAGGGACAGUGGUGGUAAUAGUGGUAGUGGCAAUGUCGAGAAAGAGCGAGAUGGAACGAUGAGGGGACCUCGCAGGAUUGCUGCGACGAAAUAUAGCGGGCUACGUCGCGAAGGGAGAGAAUGGGCCAAGUGGCGUAGAGGCCUUACGAGGGGCAGGAGAAGAGGACUGCUCAGAGGUCCUGCUGCACCAGCCUCGUCAGCUUCCGGUGUGUCAGUCAAAGGUGUGUCAGUCAAAGAGAACACUGUGGCCGGUGGAGGCGGCGAUCAAGUUGGAACGUGAAGUAAAAGGGUGACAUUGGUACAAUGUACGAGGAUCAAUGCUGCACUUCGACUCUCUUUCCCCUCUCCCACUCCUUGCACGCCUUGGCAAUAUUACUCCAAUACCUAAGCGCAACAGCCU